AUGGAACAUACAGUAUCACCUCAAGAAAUAGAACCAUCAAGAAAUUGUAAACUUGUAACUAAGACUCAGAAAAGCACAAGUGAGAAAUUGGAGUCCAUUUCUUCAAGUACUUCAACGCAGGAUGAUCAUGAGGAGGAGAGGGAUGGUAAUUUUGACUUGCCAAAUACAACAGAUUUGCCAUUAUGUACAUUACCCGAGUUCAACAUUGUCCCAUGUGUCAACUUAAAGGAACUUAUUAUUAACUAUAUAAAGAAUGUACCCACACUUACAUGGCUUCCAAUCUCUGUUUCCAUUCUAAGCUUAGCUGUUACUCCGGAUAAUUCAAUUCCUUCUCACAUACUCUUACCUCGAGCUACAAUCACGAAUAGUUCAAAAAUGUCACCAAAUUUGAUCAAUAACGCAACUAAAUCUAACAUUAAUAGCAUUAAAUUUAGAGGAAAGGCAGCAAAACGUGCUGUGUCUGUUAUAUUAAAUAAAAAAACUUAUUCGAGAAAGAGGUGUAGAACUCAUACUAGGACCAUGUUCAAACCAAUUUCAUUAAAUCCAAGGCUUAGUGAGUCUUCCACGAUAAAUAACAUAAAAGGUAAAUUGCCCAAGCUUUUAGUAGUACUAGAUAUGGACGAGACACUGAUCCACAUGCAUACUAACCCACAUGUACAUUAUGAUUAUACGAUCAAUUUGCUGGAACAUUCAAAAUCGGAAGACCCUAUGUUUAUUAGUUGCAAUAUCCAUCCCACCAUGUAUAUAUCACUACGGCCAGGCGUAAAAGAAUUUCUUAGGUAUCUAAGUGUCAAUAGUGAUUUUUACGAAGUUGCUUUAUUUACGGCCGGCACACAAUUGUAUGCCGAUGCAGUGUUGGAAGGGCUAGAUCCAAAUUGUACAAUAAUACCAUCGCAAAAUCGUUACUACCGUGAGUCGUGCGAUUUGGCCACAAUUAACCCUUAUUCUCUGAUGGAUGUUUCACUUUUGGGGACUACAAUCGAGAAUGUCGGUCAAGUAAUAUCCUUUCUACAAAAGGAUCUUAGCAAACUUGGCUGGCCUCUAACGCGCACUUUACUGUUGGAUAAUUCAUUACUCUCUUUCUCAUUGCACCCAGAUAACGGCGUGUGGAUCAAAAGUUAUUUCCCUGAAAAGUCUCAACAUGAAGAUAGGAGGGAUGAGAGUGAAAAUCGGGAAUGUCUAUUCAAGUUCAGCGAAGUAAUAGAGCUCUUGGAAGUUUUAAAAGAUGUUGCUGAUGUGCGUCCACACUUACGCAAUCAUUUUAAUUUGACUAGGCUGUUAGGCAAAUCUUUUGACACUAAUGAUCAUCAUAAUGAUAAUAAGAGUUUAACCGCAGUGGAUAAAAUUGGGGUUAAUAAUAUAGGGUUAAGUAUGGAUAAGUAA